ACUGGGACAUGCAACACUGUUACUUUAAAAAAUCAAAGCAAUUAAAUACUGCUACCAAUUAAACAAUUCCUUAUCUAUGCUGCAACUGCGAGCUACACGUUACUUUAGUCGUGUCUCACCUAGUUCUUCAGUAACUUAUUUAUUCGUAUUUACGUUAUCUGGCUAGCAUAAAAAAUAGUGGACGAAAUGCCGGAGUCUUAUACGGGAAAACAUGCUUGGUUGCAAAUCCAGAGCUUACUAAAUAGCAUAAACCACCUGCUAAUUUUCCUGGUGGCUGCCUUCUAUUUCAUCCUGGCCCGCAGCUUGGAGUUCAAGGAUACCGCCAUGCAUAUGUUUCUAUGUGGAACCGGAUUCCACGUCCUAAUGGCUCAAGCUAUGAUGUCACACUACAAGAUAAAUCCCCUCACUCGAUGGUUGUCGCACCGCAACAAGUCGCGGUAUCAUGCUGUCCUGCAAAUCGUGGGCAGUGCCAUGAUUCUUUUGGGGGCUGCCGGUAAAUUCUCCAAUAAGGAUGUGCACUUUAACACUUGGCACGGACGUAUAGGAGCUGUGGCUACCCUAGGCUGUGUGGCUGGCAUCUUGGGCGGAUUUGUGAAUUAUUUCCAGCCAAAGUUCGCUCUGAAGAUUCAUCCCGUCUCGGAACUGCGCUUUCGGCACAACGCAGGCGGCAUAGUCACGUUUACUUUUGGUAUGGCAGCAAUAUACCUGGGCUACUAUUCAAAGUUCUUCACCAAGUAUGUGGACAAUGAGUUUAUUCCGGCCAUGAUGCUGGUCACCGUUCUCGUCUACGUGCUGUCUGUCAUUGCACCGGUAGCCUCCCUGUUACCAAAACUGCGGUACAGGAGGGCCAAAAAAGCGGAGUCGGCAAAGUAGUUCAUAAUUCGAGAUGGAGCUAACACCCAUAGAGGCUAACCCAAUGAAGAGAUUGGCUUGUCGCCAAACGCAA